AUGAGUGCAAGGCAAACCUCGUGGAUGGUGGCGACUGCGAUCGCCGCCGUGGAGGCUCGGUGGAACUACCCUCUCCGUGUUUUCAACAAAGAUGUCAAACCUCGUCUCCGUGCCAUCGCUGUUACCUCCCGUCCAUCUUCUUCGGCUGAUUUAGUCAGAGACGAUCCACCACCGUUAGAUCCUAAGGCUAAAUCCAUGGAGAGAGUCAUGGGCCUUAGCUGCUUUGGCCCCACCACCGUUAGAUUCUAG